AUGGGGCAGAGACCAAGUGCCAAAAGUGUUAGGAACUUUGUUAUAUUUCUGUUGAUUUUACAAAACUGCGGCCGGGCACGCACCCAGCGGUCGGCGGACAAGCAGGCCGAGCAGGCGGGGCGUGAUGGAUUAGCAAAGUUGGAGUUUAGUGCCCAAAGCGUCCAUCGGACUGGAGCGGGGGAAGAGGAAGCUCUCUAUGUUUUUAAUUUUGCCAAAAUAUACGAAACUUUAUACGGGUAUGCGCGAUUGCUUCAGGCCAAAUCCAACCACUCAUCCGAGAUCCAACAUAAUGAAGGGCGUACUUUGCUCUGGCAGCCACAGCUCCAGUCCGCCGACAGACGGGUCAGUAGGAAGCCCUUCCAUGUGCUGGAGCAACUGCAGCAGGACUUGGGCGACAAGCUGAAACGAACAACUACAGUGAAGCCUUUCAGUGUGCUGCGAAAACUGGCCGUGGAGCAGCAGAAGCAGCUCAUGCAGUUCCAGAGGAAGUCCAAUGCCAGCUUCCACAUCCUCGAGGCUCUGGACAUGGAUCAGGAGGUUCUUGACAGAAGAACUACUACGACAAAGCCCUUCCAUGUCCUGCAACAGCUGAGCGAAGAUCUUGAGGAGGCGUACAGGCACACCACAACGAUGAAGCCCUUCCACAUCGUGAAUGCUCUUAUGGAGGAGUCAGCUAAGAAACAAGACCAUCACCCAGAAGAUGAGGCAGAAGAGGAAGAGGGCUUUGAGGUGCUGGAGCCCAUCGUUGGGGAGGUCGAGCCGAGGCCGCAGCACAAGGACUUGCUCAAGGACCAGCACAAGGGCGUGCCCCAGGAGCAGGGUCGAGCCAAGGACAGUCAGAAGAGAAAGCGAAAGAGAAUUCGCCGCCGAAGAAAGAGAAUUCGCCGACGCCGGAAGCGGACACGACGUCGUCGUCGGAAGAAGCGCAAGAAGAGACGCAAAAAGCGGAAGAAGAAGAAGAACAAAGGCGACAAGGGUGAUAAGAAGAAGAAAAGAAAGAAAAAGGGAAAGCGCAAGCGGAAGAGGAAGAAGCAGAAGCCGGAGCCAACCGAAUCCCCUGGAUUGGCCCUCUUCCAGCCGGGUCAUGUGAUCUUCGCCAAUCCCACCAAACAGCCCCACUACUACCACCAUCCACAUCACGGUGAAUAUCCCUCCUAUCCCCAUCCCCAUCAGUCCCCAUCCAUGGCAGUAUCCACUGCCCUGUUGGCCACCCUUACCACUACAAAGCCUCCGACGACCACCCAUCGUCCCUUCAGCAAGAUUAAGUAUCUCCUGCGGCACAACAGCCUUUUCAAGAAAAAGAAGAAGGAGUACCUCAGCCAUGUGGGACAGGUGCUCUAUCCGUUCGUCAAGUUCGUGGCCUUCUUCACGGUUCUCAAUCCCUUCACCCUGGGCGUCUUUCUCUUCACGCUCGUCUCUCCAGUGGUCUUUGGCUUCCUGGGCUUUGUGGCCCUGAGUGUGCUGGUGAAACCAUUCCUCAAUCUGGUCUUCGGAGUUAAGCAAAAUGUGGAUGCCUUCGAUCGAAAGCGUUUUCUGGCCAACAAGAGGGCUGAAAGACUGAAGCUCGGCCUUCGUCCCGUCACCAUUCACAAACAUUACUACCAGCAGAAGCCCGUGCACUCCGCGCCACCAUUGAAUCUGCGUCCUGUAGGUCACUGGCGCCGGCAAUGGGGACAUUUGCAGCCACCGCCACGGCCUUCACUCUCACCACCAUCCACACUACCAUCACCCCCCACACGAACUAUGAAGCAACAUUUCAAUCCGUUACUGCCGGACCACCGCGAGGCCCUUGAUAUGGACUAUGACUAUGUUUAAGAAGCGUUGCGCUAUAGAUACUUAGAUCAUAAGCUUAGUUAUUAACACCCUUCUUAUAGCAUAUACGAGCUGUAAAGCAUAAAAUGACAGGAACACUAUUUCUGAGAAAUUAAUUAAUUAUCAGAUUGUAUUUUCAUUUUCCACUGAGCGUUUCCAUUACUUUAUAAAUACAAAUAUUCAUUAAUUACUGGAAACAAAAACUAAGGUCUGUAGAAAGGAAAGUUACUAAUUUCGAUGCGUCGGAUGUUCCACUCCCAGGCACACUCCAGGCGCAUUCUCACCUCCAUCCAACUCCAAUGGAGGAAUUGCCACUUUGGGUACUCGAGGGGCAACAACAUAUUAUAUUUUUCAUGGGUAUGGUUGUUGGUGAGUAGCGUCUAAACUUGAGCGUGGGCCAUUAAAAUUAACAUGUUGGUAAAGUGAAAAUUAACUAGAACCAACCCGUCAGUGGGAAGCAGGACCCAGUAAAGACUGUUGGCGAAAUCUAAUUAAAAAGUUUUGUAAAUUUGGGAGCCGCAUAUUGCUGCUGCUGUGGCUCACACAACAAUACCAAGUUGCCGAGAAUAUUCCAACCAACGGGUCCACUAUCCGUAGACUUUGUUGCGAAUGUCCAAAUCUGCUACCAUCGUCAGGAUCUUACCGUAGCCGCUCUGCUACGGGAUGAGAAAGGCAUGUCCGUCCUUUUCAUGUACAGGAACACGAUGGGAGACACCUUGAAAAUCACAAUGUACAACAAAACAAUCAUGGGACCUACUAUCCGGUUCGUCAGCUGAUCCUUUCACCGCACGUAGCUAUAGUGCAUGAUCUCCACCAACAUCAUCCACACAAUGGUACACUUAGCGAUACAUUCGUGGCUCUGACGAAACAGGCAAAGAUAUACAAGGACAUACCCAGGAUUUUGCGGAGGUGAGCCGGAUGUUUUCCAUGCGGGACCCAUGAGUAUAGGGUUAUAUUAGGUUUGUGGUGAAAAUGGAUGUGUGUAACGUCCAGAAGGAAACAUUUCCGACCCCAUAAAGUAUAUACAUAUAUUCUUGAUCAGCCUUCACAAAGUCCGUAAAUCUCAGCCACCCACAAUUUUAAAGAUACGAGAAAACCAAGAACCAACGCAGAAUCGUAGAGAAUUUAUCUUCUAAACCGAAGAAUCUGCACCAGAUCGUAGCAUUAUUAUGGCCAGAAUAAAGCAAAAAUUUCAUUCUCUCUCGCUCUGUCUCUCUCUAAUA